AUGGUGCUCAACGUCAGCGGCAAGUACGACCCGCAGCUCAUCACGGCGAAUCCAGUACCUGGGCCGCUGAAUGGAGCGGUGGCGCAUAAGACGAAACCAACUCUGGCCCUGGAUCGCCCGAUCGCGGAGCUGGCCUACGAUGAAUCGGGGAGAUGGGAGACGGCGAGGACAAGCCGGGGAGAGGCCGUGAAGGACCAUUUGUCGAUGAAGGAGCUGAUGCGGCAGGUUCGGAUUGAAGAAGGGUUGCAGGUCACACCUCGUCCAUCCAUCAGCGAGACGGUCGUUAUGAGUCGUCGUGCCACCCUCCAGCCCGGCGGCACCGUCAACAUGCACGAGACGUACACCAUCUACGAGCAGAACGAGACCAUGGCUUCCGCAAGCGUGACGGAAAUCGAUCACCAACUCGGCUACGUGAACGGCUUCCUGACGCUGGUGCCCCCGAAGCGGGCCGUCUUCAACGAGAACGGCGAUAUUUCGGCACGGCCUGCGGAAGUGGCGCUGGAUAUGGAGGCGCUGGACGCGAGAUAUGUUUAUGGGGGAAAGAUCCCGACCGUCUCCGAGUCGAUCGACCGUCGGGAAUUUAGCCCGCUCACUUAUCCAAGGCCGGAAACCGGACAGACGGCGUUGAUCAAGGCAGUGACGGCCAUACCACAGACCCUCGAGACAGCCGCCACCGUCAUCUACACGUACUGUGUGACGAUGCUCGCCUAUUUGAUGAGUUUUGUGUGGAAA